GGCCAGUCAUCACGCCAAUCAGCCGACUGCGGCCUCUGCCUUCACUGACGGAGGGGGAGGCCGAGCCCGCGAUGUGAGCGGCGGCCGGAUACCCGCGGCUCCAUGGCCGCCGCUGCCGACGACGUCGCGUCGGAGCAGCCGGGCUCGGAGGGCGAGUACGUGGUGUCGGAGCAGAGGCUGCAGAUGGCGGCCGCUCUGCUGCAGCACAGCGCCCAGGCCCAGGCCCAGGCCCGCCUGCACCUGAUGUGGCAGCAGCAGCAGCAGCAGCAGCAGCGGGCGGGCGGGAAGGUGGGCGUCGGCCGCCUGAAGCGGCAGCUCAAGGUGCACCGCAGGAGCAGCCCGCUGGGCAAGGAGGCGCACGCACAGAAACGUUUACGAGAAGCAGCAAAUGCAAAUGAGGUUGAGACUGUGAGCCAGUUACUUGAAGGUGGCACUGAUCCUUGUGUAGCUGAUGACAAAGGCAGGACUGCUCUUCAUUUUGCCUCUUGUAAUGGAAACAGUUCAAUUGUACAGUUGUUAUUGGAUCAUGGAGCAGACCCUAACCAGAGGGAUGGAUUGGGAAACACACCGUUACACCUGGCUGCCUGUACAAACCACGUACCAGUGAUCACUACACUGUUAAGAGGAGGUGCUAGAGUGGAUGCCCUGGACCGAGCAGGAAGGACUCCGCUCCACCUUGCUCGAUCUAAACUGAACAUCUUGCAGGAUGGACAUUCUCACAGUCUGGAGGCUCUUCGGGCUGAGGUGAAGCAGAUCAUUCAGAUGCUGCGUGAAUACUUGGAACGACUGGGUAACCAUCAAGAAACUGAGCAGUUAGAUGAUCUUUGUACAAAACUUCAGAUGACCAACACGAAGGAAGAGGUUGAUGAAGUUGCCGAUCUGCUUUCAAGUUUCACAACACUCAGCCUACAAAUACACAAUUUAGAUAAAAGGUAACUGACUCCAUCUGCCACUGCCAUUGUUACAGUUUGGCAGGAACCAAUGUAAGAACAAAGGCCCGUGUGAGACCUGUGGAAAUGACUGAUGUGACUUUUCAUUUUCUCCGGCUGCUUGUGUUCUUGGUUCUAGAAACUUUGCAGAAUUCUCAUUUUUAAUGUAAUAAAAAUGUCGGUCAAAUUUUGGAGCGAAGCUUUGAAUUUUACAGUCCAUGUAUUAACUGUGAUGGAUUUUGUAUAAUAAUCUUAAUAGUUUUAACAAACCUGGCAGUCUUCGUAUUCCAAUGUGACACCUGCAACACAAUGAAGUAAUUUAUAAUGAAGUACAAAGAACUGAUCCCAAGCAUUUUUAUUUAAUUCUAUAUGUUGAUGGUUCAACUAAGACUUAACAAUCCCUUGAGUUUCAUCUUCAGAAUGGGUUUGUGUUCCUUGUUUGUGUCAUGAGAGGUUAUCCGUUUUAUCAAUGAUAAAAAUGUUCGGGUUUUCAAUGCAGAGUUUUAGUGUUUAAAAUAAAAUUUACGAAACU